ACAAUUUUAAUUACCGAUUUAUGCACAGUAAAUGGCUUAAAAGAAGCUUAAUAAUGCCAAAACGCAGUUAUUAACCGUGUGAAAAUGGGCUUCCACCCAAACACAAGUCAUCUACUAGUUAAAUAGAGGCCUAGAAAAGUGCAACAAAAUACGCCUGGCAGCUAGUGCGCGUGUGUGUGUGCCAUUGAUUACAUAGUUGGCAUAGGCCACGCACAGGUGCGAGCGAGAGGGAGAGCCUGUAAUCUGUAAUCCGAAAAGGGGCAGCAACAUAAACCGCAUUCCAUUUCCAUUUCCACAAAUCCAGGUUGCAGCUCCAUGAGAAAGUGAGCGCCAUGCACCACCAUCAUCCGCCUUUGCCCAUAACCGGAGCAAGUGGCUCCUCGAAUGCAGAGGGAGUUGCAGCAGAGGAUCCACCAGCUGCUGUGGCCACCGGAUCAACCCAAAUAGCCACCUCCUCGACGGCCUCAGGCUCCAACACCCAACAGCAUCAGCGGCGCCGCAAGAAGCGACCCAACUACAACUACAAUGGCAUCCGCACCGUGGAGGUGCGACGUGGCUACAACGGCUUCGGCUUCACCAUCUCCGGUCAGCAGCCCUGCCGGCUGUCCUGCAUCAUCAGUAGCUCACCCGCCGAACAGGCGGGCCUGCGUUCCGGUGACUUUCUCAUCUCCGUCAACGGACUCAAUGUCUCCAAGCUGCCGCACGAGACCGUCGUCCAGCUGAUAGGCAACUCCUUUGGGAGCAUACGCAUGCAGAUCGCCGAGAACUACUACUCGGACAGCUCGGAUGAGGAGAACGCCCAGGCCACGCUGAGGGGUCAACUGCUGGCCGCCAGUUUGAGGCACAAGCCGAGGUUCCUGCACCACAAGGCCAAGCUCCACAGGCUAAGAAACUCGCCACAGAAGAAGUUAAGUCCACCCGAGGCAGUGGAGACUACCAAGGCAUCCCCAGAUCACCCGACACUGCGUCCCGUGCUGGAGGAUGCCCCCCUGGCGGCCAAAGCAGCCGAUGUGGCCAAUGUCAGCGCCAUGGUGCGUGCCGUGGGCAGUGCCGCCCUGGAGUAUCGGGUGAUUGUGGGCUAUCUGGGCACCAUUGAGAUGCCCAAGCAGAUUUCGCACAGCUCCAAGCUGCAGACAGUGAGGUCCUGCAUACGCAAGCUGCGCCAAGAGAAGCGACAACCGACCAUUGUGCUGAUGUGCAUCACGCCGGACAGCCUGAGCCUGCAGAGCGCCGGCGGCGGCGUGCUGGCCACCUACUCCUCGGCCAGGCUGAACUUUGUGAGCUCCUCCUCGGAGAGCGAGAAUCGUUUCUUUGGCCUCGUGACCAGCGCCGUGCACAACACGCAGAUCGAGGAGGAGUACGAGCCGAGUGCUGCCGCUGGCCACAUCAGCAUCUCGCACAGCUGCCAUGUCUUUGUCAUCGACACCAAGCUCAUUGAGCACGCCCAGCACUUGCAGCGAGCCCAUGAGUUCCGGCUGCAGUGCACCAGGGAUCCCAUCUCGAAUUUGUGCCUGGAGUUCCCCAACAACUCGGAGUAUGUGGUGAAUCUGGUGCGCAGCAUGUACACCAUGCGUAUUCUGCCGCCGGCCAGUCGGAGUCACCAGGCGGACUACGAGGUGGGUGGAGGAGGAGCCGCUGGAGCAGCUGCCCACUCGCCGCAGCCGUCGAACCACAGCGAGAUCUCCACCACCACCUCCAAUUCGGAUUCGGGUAUUGGCUUCAACAACGAUUGCACGAACAUCUCGGAUCGCAUUCUGGUAGUGGAUUUUCUGGGUGCGGGAGCGGGAGCAGCCCAUGCUGGGCCACCUGCCCAUCCGGCGACUGCUCGUCCGCUGGGCAUCGUGGGCAUCCCAGACAACCGACUGACUGUGCGGGCCAUGCCCGAUCAUGCUGCGCUCCUCACAUCGCCGCCAAUCUCACAUCGCCCCAAUCUCCUGGCCAGCUUCAACCUGAUCAAGAGUCCCGCCACGAAUCUCACAUCCACGCGAUCCUGCGAUGAUGUACUCAAUCUCUUCGUGGACGAUUCGCCGCGUGCCUUGGGUGCCGUGGCCUCCAUGGACGACAUCUCGCUGCACUCGGCUGCUCCUUCCCUGGAUGAGGGCCACACAUUCGCCCAUCCAGCUUGUGUGCCCCGCAAAAUGCGCAGAUCUUUGCUUGCGGAGACCCCAACAACGCCGCAUAAACUGAGUGCCCAGGUGUUUGGACAGCCUGGUUCGCGACACUCACUGGGAUUCGAAGCCAUCGACAGCGUGCAGUCUUCGGUCAGUGGGGCAUGCAUCGAUCAGCCCAUGGACACGUGGGCCAGCCUACAGAAUUUGCAUAAAUCUCACAAGGAUCGCAACAGCCUGUCUGCCUCGUCGUCCUCACAUUGCCUUUUAGAAGCUACGAACAGUGAACCAGAUUUGGGGAACCGCGCUCUGCCCGCCAAUGCCUCGCCCUUCCGCCGAGCCUGGGGACAGUCUUCCUUCCGCACUCCCCGCUCCGACAAGGUGGCCAAGGAGCAGCAGCAGCCGGGCCAGUCGUCGCCAGUGAGACGCACUGCCUCGAUGAACGCCUCCGACAACGACAUGUACAUCAAGACGCUGAUGCUGGACUCCUCGGAUCUCAAGUCGACGCGCAGUCAGCAUCAGUUGAGCCUGCUACAGGUGCCCAAGAUCCUGACCACGCCUGCCCCGCCCUCCUCUAUCACCGCUUCCGUUGCUCCAGAGGAUGCGGCCCAAGAACAUGGCUGUCCGAGCAACUGGGGUGGCUCCUUCGAGCGGAUGCUGCAGGAUGCCGCCGGCAUGCAGACCUUUUCCGAGUUCCUCAAGAAGGAGUUCUCGGCGGAGAACAUCUACUUCUGGACCGCCUGCGAGCGUUACCGCCUGCUGGAAUCCGAGGCGGAUCGCGUGGUCCAGGCCCGUGAGAUCUUUGGCAAGCAUUUGGCCAACAGCAGCAGUGAUCCCGUCAACGUGGACUCGCAGGCACGCAGCCUCACCGAGGAGAAGCUGGCCGGUGCCGCGCCGGACAUAUUUGCGCCGGCCCAGAAGCAGAUCUUCAACCUGAUGAAGUUCGACAGCUACCAGCGAUUCAUCCGCUCCGACAUGUACAAGAGCUGCGUGGAGGCGGAGCAGAAGAACCAGCCGCUGCCCUACAGCGGCCUGGAUCUGGACGAGCUGCUCAAGACAAAUUUUCACAUGGGCGCCUUCUCCAAGCUCAAAAAAUCGGCUAGCAAUGCGGAGGAUCGGCGUCGCAAGAGUCUGCUUCCCUGGCACCGCAAGACGCGGAGCAAGUCCCGUUAUCGCACCGAGAUAAUGGCUGACCUGCAGCAUUCGCUGAUGCCGGCGCCACCACUUCCGCCACCUGCCCCGCUCACCAGUGCUUCGCUGAAGCUCGUCUCCGGUCAGAAUUCCCUGAGCGACAUACACAGCUCCAGGUCCUCGUUGUCCUCCUUUGACGCGGCCACCACCGCGACCGGCGGAGGAGGCCAAGGAGCCAGUGCGGAAAGCGUGUGCUCGCUGUGCCGGGUGAUCCUCACCGAUGGAGCCACUACCAUAGUCCAGACGCGUGCUGGAGAAACAGUGGGAGAACUGGUGGAACGACUGCUAGAGAAGCGGAACCUAGUGUAUCCCUACUACGACAUUGUGUUCCAGGGCAGCACCAAGUCCAUCGAUGUGCAGCAGCCGUCGCAAAUGCUCGCGGGCAAGGAGGUGCUGAUCGAGCGGCGGGUGGCCUUCAAGCUGGACCUGCCCGAUCCCAAGGUGAUAUCGGUGAAGAGCAAGCCCAAGAAGCAGCUGCACGAGGUGAUUCGGCCCAUACUCAGCAAGUACAACUACAAGAUGGAGCAGGUGCAGGUGAUCAUGAGGGACACUCAGGCGCCGCUGGAUCUCAACCAGCCGGUGACGAUGGCCGAUGGCCAGCGACUGCGCAUUGUGCUGCUCAAUCCGGAUUUUCAGGUUGGCGGCGGCAGUAGCAUGCCGCCGAAGCAAAGCAAACCGAUGAAGCCGCUGCCGCAGGGCCAGCUGGAUGAGCUGACGAACAAGGUGUUCAACGAGCUGCUGGCCAGCAAGGCGGAUGCGGCGGCCAGUGAGAGGUCGCGACCCGUCGAUCUCUGCUCCAUGAAGUCCAACGAGGCGCCCUCGGAGGCGUCGUCGUCGUCGCUGUUUGAACGCAUGCGGCGCCAGCAGCGCGACGGCGGCGGCAACAUUCCGGGUAGCAAGCUGCCCAAGCUCAAGAAGAAGUCCACUACUGGCAGUCAGCAGUCCGAGGAGGCGACUGCCGCGGAUCCCAAGAAGCCGAUUAUAGCCAAACUGAAGGCGGGCGUGAAGCUGCAGGUGACGGAGCGAGUAGCCGAGCACCAAGAUGAACUACUCGAGGGCCUGAAGCGGGCACAGCUGGCAAGGCUGGAGGAUCAACGCGGCACCGAGAUUAACUUCGAUCUGCCCGAUUUCCUGAAGAACAAGGAGAAUCUCAGCGCGGCAGUCUCGAAGCUGCGCAAGGUGCGCGCCAGUUUGAGUCCUGUGAGCAAGGCGGCGUCCACGCCCACGGAGAUUCCGCAGCCGGCGCCACGUCUGUCCAUCACACGUGGCCAGCAGACGGUGUCGCCCAUGAAGGUGGACCAGGAGCCAGAGACUGAACUGUCCGCCGAGACGCAGGACCCAACGGAAUUGGCCAAAGCGCCGCCUCCGCUGCCGCCGAAGCCAAAGGUGCUGCCCAUCAAGCCCUCCAACUGGGGCGUGGCCGUGACCCAGCCCACGGGCAACUAUUGCAACAAGUUCUCCCCAACCAGCAAACAGGUGCCGACAUCGCCUAAAGAAGCCUCGAAACCGGCAGCGUUUGCCAGCAAAAUACCACUGGAACUGGGACGAAAGUCCCUCGAGGAGGCGGGCUCGCGGUGUGCUUACCUCGAUGAGCCCAGCAGCAGCUUUGUGUGAUAUGGGUGUGCCCACGCAUUCGAAAUGGCUUUACUGAUCUUGCUUGUAUAUAUAUUUUAUGUAUGCGCCCUAUUUAUUUAUACUGUUUAUCCUAUUCUCUGUUAAAUGUCCAAACAAUCCAUGACGAACUUUUGUGUGUAAUCUACUGAGUGAACGCCUGUAUUUAUAACUAGCAACAUUAGGAUUUAGCUUUACUACAUUUUGUAUAAAUAUACCACAAACAUUUAAUA